CGGAGAAAAUCCAGAUCAUUCCAUCAGAAAUUAUCAGCUGUCUAUCAAGCCAGGAUUUAUCAACAAUCAGCCCUUGUGUUCAAAAUGAAGGCGUACAUUCUGCCAUACGGGCUACCCGCUGCCGUGAUCCAAGCAAAUCUGGGUCUUCCGGCUGCUGCCCUGGAUCUCGGACCACAUCCGUAUGGCUCGGCAGCACUAGCCCUAGCCGCAGGUCAUCCGGCAGCCAUUUCGAUUCCAGCUGUCCACCACCAGGCCCUUGCUGGACCAGCGUCGUAUGUGGCCGCCAACCGCGGUUCCGUGCAUGCUGCUCCCCUUCCUGGACAUCUGAUAUCGCAGAAAUCGCUCAACCUAGCCCCGGCCCCUGGAACCCUGUAGAAUUGUAGAUUGACUCCGGUCACGCAAAAGGGUAAAAAAAAUGCUUCGAUCGUUGCAGUAGCUCUAGUUUCAAUA